UCUGCGAGCGGGCGCGCGGGCGAGCGGUUGUGUGCGUGCCGCGUGGCGCUGGUCUUGGCCACCGCUAAGCAGGAGGCGUGGGCUUCGGCGUCCGCAGCCGACCGGGCAGCGGCCGGCCGGGCCUCGGCAGCGCCCCGCGCGCAGCGGGCGGCGGCCCAGGCGGCGCGUGGCGGCGCUCGGCCUCGCGGCGGCGGCGGCCCAGCCGUUGGCGGCGAGCGCGUCUGCGCCUGCGCGGCGGGCCCCGCGCCCCUCCUCCCCCCCUGGGCGCCCCCGGCGGCGUGUGAAUGGCGGCUUCGGCGGCGGCAGCCUCGGCCGCGGCGGCGGCCGCCUCCGGCAGCCCGAGCCCGGGCGAGGGCUCGGCAGGCGCCGAGAAGCGCGCCGCCGCCUCCUCGGCCGCGGCCUCGGCGUCUGCCUCGGCGUCGGCGUCAGCAUCGUCGCCCGCGGGGGGCGGCGGCGAGGCGCUGGAGCUGCUGGAGCACUGCGGCGUGUGCCGGGAGCGCCUGCGGCCCGAGAGGGAACCGCGUCUGCUACCCUGCCUGCACUCUGCCUGCAGCGCCUGCCUCGGGCCCGCGGCGCCAGCCGCCGCCAACAGUUCUGGGGACGGAGGCGCGGCGGGCGACGGUGCUGUGGUGGACUGUCCAGUGUGUAAGCAACAAUGUUUCUCCAAAGACAUUGUGGAGAAUUAUUUUAUGCGCGACAGUGGCAGCAAGGCUGCCACCGACUCCCAGGAUGCUAAUCAGUGCUGCACUAGCUGUGAGGAUAAUGCCCCAGCCACCAGUUACUGUGUGGAGUGCUCUGAGCCGUUAUGUGAGACGUGCGUGGAGGCGCACCAGCGGGUGAAGUACACCAAGGACCACACCGUGCGCUCCACUGGACCAGCCAAGUCGAGGGACGGUGAGCGCACGGUAUACUGCAGCGUGCACAAGCACGAGCCCCUCGUGCUGUUCUGCGAGAGCUGCGACACCCUCACCUGCCGGGACUGCCAGCUCAACGCCCACAAGGACCACCAGUACCAGUUCCUGGAGGAUGCAGUGAGGAACCAGCGAAAGCUCCUGGCCUCACUGGUGAAGCGCCUCGGGGACAAGCAUGCGACGUUGCAGAAGAACACCAAGGAGGUUCGCAGCUCGAUCCGCCAGGUGUCUGAUGUGCAGAAGCGCGUGCAGGUGGAUGUCAAGAUGGCCAUCCUGCAGAUCAUGAAGGAGCUGAACAAGCGGGGCCGCGUGCUGGUCAACGACGCCCAGAAGGUGACUGAGGGCCAGCAGGAGCGCCUGGAGCGCCAGCACUGGACCAUGACUAAGAUCCAGAAACACCAGGAACACAUUCUGCGCUUUGCCUCCUGGGCUCUGGAGAGUGACAACAACACAGCCCUGCUCCUCUCCAAAAAGCUGAUCUACUUCCAGCUGCACCGGGCCCUCAAGAUGAUUGUGGACCCUGUGGAGCCACAUGGCGAGAUGAAGUUCCAGUGGGAUCUCAAUGCCUGGACCAAGAGUGCAGAGGCCUUCGGCAAGAUCGUGGCAGAACGUCCUGGCACCAACUCCACUGGCCCUGCACCCAUGGCCCCUCCUCGGGCUCCAGGACCUUUGAGCAAGCAGACCUCUGGCAGCAGCCAGCCCAUGGAGGUGCAGGAAGGCUAUGGCUUUGGAUCAGACGACCCCUACUCGAGUGCCGAGCCCCACGUGUCCGGGGUAAAGCGGUCCCGCUCAGGUGACGGCGAGGUGAGCGGCCUCAUGCGCAAGGUGCCACGGGUGAGCCUCGAACGCCUGGACUUGGAUCUCACCGCUGACAGCCAGCCGCCAGUCUUCAAGGUCUUCCCAGGCAGCACCACGGAGGACUACAACCUCAUUGUCAUCGAGCGAGGCGCUGCAGCUGCUGCUGCUGGACAACCUGGGACUGCAGCCCCUGGGGCUCCUGGGGCCCCGCCCCUGCCUGGCAUGGCCAUCGUCAAGGAGGAAGAAACAGAGGCUGCCAUUGGCGCUCCGCCUGCUGCCACUGAGGGCCAGGAGACCAAGCCUGUGCUGAUGGCCCUGGCGGAGGGCCCUGGUGCCGAGGGCCCCCGCCUGGCCUCACCCAGUGGCAGCACCAGCUCAGGCUUGGAGGUGGUGGCUCCAGAGGGCACCUCAGCCCCAGCGGGUGGCCCAGGUGCCCUGGAUGACAGUGCCACCAUCUGCCGUGUCUGCCAGAAACCAGGUGACCUGGUCAUGUGCAACCAGUGCGAGUUCUGCUUCCACCUGGAUUGCCACCUGCCUGCCCUGCAGGAUGUGCCAGGGUGCGAGGCUACGUGGGGUCUGCAGGGUGGAGGGCUGGGCUGGGUCCUUUGCAGCCCCUCAUUCUCUGUUCCCCCCAGGGAGGAGUGGAGCUGCUCGCUCUGCCAUGUGCUCCCUGACCUGAAGGAGGAGGAUGGCAGCCUGAACCUUGACGGUGGAGACAGCACUGGCGUGGUGGCCAAGCUCUCGCCAGCCAACCAACAGAAGUGUGAGCGCGUCCUCCUGGCCCUCUUCUGCCAUGAGCCCUGUAGGCCCCUGCACCAACUGGCUACCGACUCCACAUUCUCUCUGGAUCAGCCUGGCGGCACCCUGGACUUGACCCUGAUCCGAGCCCGUCUCCAGGAGAAGUUGUCACCUCCCUACAGCUCCCCCCAGGAGUUUGCCCAGGACGUGGGCCGCAUGUUCAAGCAGUUCAACAAGCUGACGGAGGAUAAGGCCGACGUGCAGUCCAUCAUUGGCCUGCAGCGCUUCUUUGAGACUCGCAUGAACGAGGCCUUUGGUGACACCAAGUUCUCUGCUGUGCUGGUGGAGCCUCCGCCACUGAGCCUGCCGGGUGCUGGCCUGAGUGCCCAGGACCUAUCCAGUGGCCCCGGUGAUGGCCCCUGAGGCUGGGCAGCCCCCAAGCUGGCCCAGCCUGGUUCUGUUCUCUGUCCUGUCACCCCUCUUCCCGCUCCUGUUCCUCUUCCCUCCGGUGGCCUGGUUCCACUCCUUGGUGGCCCAUACCCCAGCCCUUCACAAUAUGGUUUUUACUUCUGUGGAUUUAAUAAAAACUUCACCAGUUA